GCUCGCGAGGUGCAUACGGACUUCCCAGUGCUACGGUAAACACAGAGCAAGACGGGCUUGGCGUUACUUGGUAAUAUAUAAUAAAGGAGUUACCAAGACGGAAUAUCGUAAAGCAGAAGAGACUAUCGUAAUGAACUAACGGAUGAAUAAGUGACUAACUAUGAAAUGCUAACAGUUUAGCAUGUUCCGUGUAAGCAAUUAUUGAAGUAAUCAUUCGCAAAUUUUUGUUAACCUGUCUUGUCACUAAAUUCCUUGAUUUUAGAAAUGACUGACUGAUUCAGAAGGGUUGCACUUAAACUGCACAAGAAAAUAUACUGAUCUCCAUAUCUUCGAAAUGCAAAGGGUCUUAGAGGAAAGCGAGCCUUUGCUCGCGAGUUCCCGGCGGAAUGGCCCAGCUCGCCCCGCUGGCGGAUGGCGAUCCCGCUUUAAGAACUUCUUCUCUUCGAUCACUGUGGAGCCUGCGCUGCUUCUUUACAUGCUGGCGUAUGGCCUUUGCUUUGUGUACACCACGCAAAUAUGGGUGGAGAAGGUCUGCUACUUCCAUUUUCACUACGACGAAGAAAUUUGCAAGAACCUGGACACGGGUAAGUACCCCGAGGAGCAGAGCGCCGUGCACCGCAUGACGACGCGCUACAACGUGUAUAACCACCUCAUCGAGUACCUCCCCGCCGCCCUUAUCGUCCUUGUCCUGGGCGCGUGGAGCGAUACCCGCGAUCGCCGCCUGCCCAUCAUUAUCCCCAUGGUAGGAAUAGCCAUCAUGAAAUUAGGCCUUGCAGCUAAUGCCUACUGGUGGACGCUCCUUCCGGACUACAUCUUGCUCGCCUACGUCCCCGUGGGCCUGACGGGCGCCGCCAUGACCAUAUUCAUGGGCGGCUACGCCUAUGUCGCCGUGGCCUCAGGACAACGGGCGCGCACCUCCCGCAUCUCCAUGAUCGGGGUGGUGUCGGUGCUCGGGGCCACGGUGGGACAGGUGCUCGGGCUGCUGGUAUACGCCUCCUGGGGGUACGUCGGCGUGUUCUUGGUCGGGGCGCUCCUUCUGGGCGUCGCGGCGGUCUACGGACUCGCGAGACUCGAGAAGAAACCCGGAACAAGUGACGAGGCCGAGCUGCGGCAAGACAGGCCCAUCCGGGAAAUUCUCUCUCUUGCACAGCUGAAAGAGACGCUGCUGACGCCCUUCAGGAGGCGGAGGGACCAAGGACGAUGUCACGUCAUCGGCCACAUCGUCGUUAUCUUACUCUUCCUCUCCACUUACGGAUCCCUCAACUAUAAUUUCCUGUACACUCGGAUAAGGUUCUCGUGGGACUACAAGAAUUUCACCAAAUGGUCGAUAACAGACACCUGCCUCCUGUCUCUUGGCCCGUUGGUGAUUGUGCCUGUGAUGAGUUACUUGUGGCAGGUGGAGGACUCCCUUAUUGGCUUCCUCGGCGGCGUGUCCUUGCUCUUCUGUUACGUCCUCCGAGCCACCGCUUACGUCGAUUGGAUCCUCUAUUUGGCGUCGGUUAUAGGCCUAGGGCAAGGCCUAAUCGUCAUGGCCUCAAGAGGUGCCAUAUCGAAAACAGUGACAGAGGAAGAAACAGCCAAGAUAUUCGCAGUUCUCGGGGCGUUCGAGGCCGGCGUCCCAGCUCUCUCGGCCCUUGUUUACACUGCUAUUUACAACAACUUUCUCGAGACAUUCCCCGGAGCCAUCUACGUCUUUACGGCCUUCAUCGCUGUCGUUAUCUGUUGCCUAUAUGUUUCCAUGUGCGGCAGACAACCCACGGAGCGUCGGGAUGAAAAUGGGCCAUAAUUAACCGGAGCCACAACGGCGAUUCCCAACCCGAGAUCCCAAACCUUUGUCAGAGGUUCCGCAUUGUGGAAUUAACAUAUGAAAAAAAUAGCGGAUACUUCAUAUGAGGAUUCUACAGUCGGUAUUGCGAAGAGCAAGAGAUGCUGUUGUGUUUGGUAACACCGCCCGAUGUACAUCAAUUUGACACGGCAGUUAAAGACCGAAACGGAACUACACGGUUUACAGUACAAUAUAUACUAUAUA